CAUCCCGCCUCGCUGGUUUUUGCCGGGACUUCCAGCCCCGCCCCCCUUUUCCCCGGGCUCGAGCCCCGCCGCGAGGGAGCUGCGGAAACCCUUUCCCUGCUGCUACUGCUUGCAUCGUGCUCUGCGUUUGGGCCUCCAGGCCCUGCUUGAAGCACCCUCCAGGAUGGCCAUGGGGAGAUGCGAACAGUAUGAACCUGUGGCCGAAAUCGGCAUUGGGGCUUAUGGCACUGUCUUCAAGGCCCGUGACCUGCAAAGUGGCAAGUUUGUGGCCCUUAAGAAUGUGCGAUUCCAGAACAGCGAGAAUGGGUUGCCGCACUCCACGGUCCGUGAAGUGGCCCUGCUGAAACGCCUGGAGAACUUUGACCACCCCAACGUUGUGCGGCUAAUGGACGUUUGCACAACAACACGGACAGAGCGUGAGACCAAAGUAACAUUGGUCUUUGAGCAUGUGGAUCAGGAUCUGAAAGCAUUUUUGGAGAAAACUCCGCCUCCUGGCUUACCAGCAGAGAUGAUCAAGGAUAUGAUGCAUCAGUUCUUGAGUGGCUUGGAUUUCCUGCAUACAAACUGCAUUGUUCAUCGUGACCUCAAGCCAGAAAAUAUCUUGGUGACCAGUUCUGGUCAAGUCAAGUUGGCUGACUUUGGCCUGGCUCGCGUCUACAGCUGUCAGAUGGCCCUGACACCUCUGGUGGUCACUCUCUGGUACCGGGCUCCAGAAGUGCUGCUCCAGUCAGCUUAUGCCACCCCUGUGGACCUGUGGAGUGUGGGGUGCAUCUUUGCAGAGAUGUUUCGAAGGAAGCCUCUCUUCUGUGGCAACUCCGAAGCUGAUCAGCUGGGCAAGAUCUUUGAUUUGAUUGGGCUCCCACCUGAGGAGGAUUGGCCCCUGGACGUUUCUCUGCCACGCUGUGCCUUUGCUCCCUGCUCCCCACAGCCUAUUGAGAGGUUUGUGCCAGAAAUAGACACCCUGGGGAUCCAGCUGCUUUUGGAAAUGCUGACAUUCAAUCCCUUGAAACGCAUCUCUGCUUUCCAAGCACUGCAUCAUCAGUACUUUCAGGACAUGAGCGCAGGUGAAGGGUAGCAACCCAACCAUUCUCUGGUGUAAGGACAAAAAAGACUUUGCAAUAGACUUUGUGUGUAUGAAGAUCAUUUGCACCCCACCAAGAGGCCGCAGCAAGAGCAGUCUUCAAGCAGUCCUGGCUGGGCUGGGAUUGUGGGGAUGGGAAAAAAUGAAUUGUUGCCAACCUGCAUGAGAAAAGUUAAAUGGUGCAUGUUGCAAGAAGAACAGCCCUGAAACCUUUCCUUCCCUGGAAGUGCUAUAGCUCUUGUGAUGCCUCUGAGCCUACAUCACACCCAUUCAAUGUUCCUGGGUUGAUUCCCAGUGAUGUUGUUGAAGGUCAGUUUGUGUUUGGGAGUGCCCCGUUUGAGGCAUCCCAUUCAUUCGUCUGUGGGUUCCUUGCCAAAGGUCUUUGCUUGAUAACCUUUUUUUUUUAAAAAGUACUUUUUAUAACAGUUUACACACAAUAAUGUUGCUGCCUUAUCACAUUCCUGUGGCUAACAGUUUGACACUAAAGCCUCGCCUUGUUACAUGUAAUGUUGUGUGUGUAAGAAAAAAGGUUUCAGACCAGUGCCUGGAUUCAAAGGAUAUUUUUGUAUACAUAUUCACUAGUCGUUAUUUUGUUUCUAAUUACCAAGACACUGUUCAAGACAGACCUACCUUACUGAGUACUUUGGCAUGGGAUUGCUGAGGAGGAUACCAGCUGUAGCUGUUUGAAUCCAGGCAUUGGUCUGAAACUUUUUUUUUCUUACACACACGCAACAUUAUAGAAAUGAUGUAAUUCAAUAAAGAAUAGGGGUGAGGUCCAAACUUGGCCUUUCACCUUUCUUGUUUCUUAAAAAUGUCUCUUGUUUUGUUUAGUAUGAUGAGAAGCAUAGUGAAAGUGAAUAGGGAGACAACUUGCUUAUUUAUAACUGGUUCUUUGAAUGGAAUUCAGUGAACUCAUACAAACGGGUUACUUGCAUGGUGUGUUAUUCAGAAACUUCCAGAGCUGAGAAAUUAGCAAUUUGGCAAUAACUCUGCCCUAAUGGGCAAGUCCAGCACAAGUCCCACUCAAUUCUACAACCGCCAUAGCAACAACUGAAAAACUAAAAUGCAUAGGAGACAUAGGGGAGGAAGGUUGAGGUUGUGUGAGUUGACAGAUGAUCCAGUGAACCAAAACUACAGGCAAGUUAAGUUCUUUUCACCUGUGAGUCACACAGAUGAGCUACUAGCAAGCCACUCACCAUGGAGGGAAUGUCAUGUAAGACAAGGAAAGAACAGCUCUCCCAAGUGACUCAGCUUUUGACCUUGCAUCCAAUCUCUAAUACUAGAUAAAUGUUGAGAACUGAGACUGUGAUAGGCCUUUCUCCUGGUAGAAAAACUGGAAGUAACAAUAACAUAGUCUGUUUGCAAUGUAAUUUACCCCAGCUGGUAAAACUCUUAGCAGCCUGUUGUGAAAAGGGGGCAUAAAAGAGAAGGAGAUCAAUUGUUGCAACAGAAGUCAAAGAUGCCACUGACCAGGAUCCUAAUGCUUUUUCAUUAAGGAUUACAACUUCAUAUUUGCUGACUGAAAAUUUCCUCAAAGUAGGGAGGAGUAGACCUGGUUUGGCAGCUACUGUGGGGCUAAGAAGAUGUUCACCCAAGAAGAUCAAGGCCCGGAGAACUGUUUGGUUUGUGAUUGGAUAAAAACUUCUUUGCUAUGGAACGGAUUUGAAGCUGCAUCGCCAAGAAAGACUCCUUGCAUGGGUUCUUCACAUGGAGGAAUAGUAAUCUACAUAGGUAAAUUAAAAGAAUGUUGAGAUGUAGUGGAGAUUAAGUAAAGAGAUGCACAGAAGGCUGAAGUGGAACACAUUGUGAAGUGAAUUAUUUGUGUGGUAAAAAUGAAGAUCAGGAACAGGGAUCACCAACUUACUUGAACUUCUUGUGCCUUUUCUGGGUAAUGUGUUCCUUGGGCCCAAUUGGAGGAAGAUCUCUUCUUCAAUCACUCAGUCGUUUCCGACUCUUCGUGACCUCAUGGACCAGUCCACGCCAGAGCUCCCUGUCGGCUGUCACCACCCCCAGUUCCUUCAAGGUCAAGCCAGUCACUUCCAAGGAUACCAUCCAUCCAUCUUGCCCUUGGUCGGCCUCUCUUCCCUUUUCUUUCCAUUUUCGCCAGCAUCAUGAUCUUUUCCAAGCUUUCCUGUCUUCUCAUAAUGUGGCCAAAAUACUUCAUCUUUGCCUCUAAUAUCCUUCCCUCUAGUGAGCAGCCGGGCAUUAUUUCCUGGAGGAUCGUCUGGUUGGAUCUUCUUGCAGUCCAAGGCACUCUCAGGAUUUUCCUCCAGUACGAAAGUUCAAAAGCAUCAGCUCUCACAUCCAUAGGUUACUAUGGGGAAUACCAUUGCUUUAACUAUGCGGAACUUCAUUGCCAGUGUGAUGUUUCUGCUUUUCAGUAUUUUAUUGAGGUUGGCCAUUGCUCUCCUCCCAAGAAGUAGAUGUCUUCUGAUUUCCUGGCUGCAGUCCGCGUCUGCAGUGAUCUUCAUGCCUAGAAAUACGAAAUGUACUGAGGUCUAAAGGCCUGCCUAGAGUAAGUGGAGUUGUGGUCUGGUUGGUUGGCCUUGGAAUGGUCCGUACCAUCUCAAGACAUUGUAGGUCUCACUACUGAGGCUUGUAGCGAUCUCUUCAGGAUGAGUUUUAUUAAUGAACCUGAAGUGGUUGAUAUUAUUAUAGGCAGCCUGAAGAGGAUUUUCCCAAAGGAAAGCCUUCAACCAAGAAGAUCUGUUUCAGUGCACUUGGGGUGAAAGUAUGGAAGUGUGAUCAAGCCCCUACAUUGUGCUCCUCUCCCAAACAUGAGGUACCUAGAAUGGCGAUAUAUUUCAAGUAUCUUAUUCUCAAAGGAGGAAGCUUAAAUAAGCCAAUAGAGAACACAGAAAGACUAAGGGCAAGCAGAGGAAGCUCAAGAAUAAAGAUGGUAGCCAGUUCAUAGAAUCAUAGAAUAGUAGAGUUGGAAGAGACCACAUGGGCCAUCCAGUCCAACCCCCUGCUAAGAAGCAGGAAAUCGCAUUCAAAGCACCCCCGGUCUGAAUCACAAUCAAGAAGAUGCCAAAAAACAAUGCCAAAAUGAUUAGAUGAAGUCAAAACAAGUCUGCAGUCAAGAAGACUAAUCAAUCAAAAAAAUCACACGUGAAGAUAAGAAACGUGGAACAGCCAGUUCUAUUCAACGCUGCAGCUACAGCAGACAAGGGAACUGAAGAGUUGACCAGGGAUUGCAUGGAUUGUAUGUGCUGAGGAGAAAUUAGAUUACUGUUAUCUCUCAGAGCCUCCAAUUGAUGCACUGCCCAGGUGCUGUUAUGAAUUAUUUUCUAUAUCAUAAUAUUUAAACAUCCUGGAGUCCUCCAAUGGAGCUGAGCAAUGUUGGGAAAUUCAGGACAGAUAAAAGGAUGGGCAUCUGUAUAUGACAUAGAGCUAUACUCUCAAAUUCACUACUGCAAGCUGUAGUGAUGGGCAGCAAUGUGGACAGAUGUUACAGGGUAUUAAGACAAUUUUGUGACAAAAUUCUGUAUGGCUACUAGUCCUGACAGCUAUAUGUGACCAUUAUUAGUGGUGGUAUGCCUCUGGAUACUAUUUGCUACAAAGCUGCUGUUGGAGGGUGCUGUUGAACUCUUGUCUUGUUGGAGCAUUUGAUUGGCCUCUGAUAUUAAGUCUGGAAAAGGAUGAGAAUGUUCUAAUCCACAUUACAGGGGCCAGGGAGCUUCAGGGCAUGGCUGCCUGCCAGCCAAUGUCUGCUGGAUCUGAAAUGGAAAAGUAGGUUGGUGACUUGCUUUUUUGCUGUGAAGCUCUAAGAAAACAGGAUGCUUGGCACUUGCUGUUAAUGUGCCUUUUUCUCCUCAACUCACUUUGAAUUGAAAGAUAGUAUUUUCUGUUCCUCUGUUUAAACUAGGUUCUAAGAUUUUGUUUUAUGUAUAUUAAGCAUCUAGUUCUGAUAUGUAACAUUUGUACUGGAAACGCAAAUGCUCUUUCAUUGCUUGAAUAAGUAACAUGACACUCUUCAUGUUAGGGUAGGGAGCAAAUAAAGCAUCUGUGAAGCAA